AUGCCUUCCUUCAGGGAGACUUGUUUGAGGAAGUCUACAUGUCCUUGCCAUAGGGAUUUGGUAGCCAGGGGGAGAAUAAGGCAAGAUACACACAUUGUCAUAAUAUUAGUGUAUGUUGAUGAUUUGCUUAUUACUGGUAGUGACAUCAAGCUGAUACAAGAGGCUAAGCACAUGCUUAAUAACAACUUCAAAAUAAAAGACUUGGGUGAGUUGAAGUAUUUCCUGGGAAUAGAGUUUGCCAGGUCAUUCAAAGGCAUACUCAUGAACCAGAGAAAAUAUGCUCUAGAGUUGAUAUCAGAAUGUAGCUUAGGGGGAGGAAAGCCAGUUAUAACCCCUUUGGAGCAGAAUCAGAAGCUCACUUGUUGGAGUAUGACAAAUUAUUUGAACUUGACACUGAUAAAGAGAUGGAAGAUAGAAGACCUUAUCAGAGUCCAAACAUUGAGUCAGUUUAUGCAUGCUCUAAAAGAUUCACACUAUGAAGAUGCAUUAAGGGUGGUUAAAUAUGUUAAAAGCCAGCCAGGCCUAGGACUUCUGAUGAGCAGCAACAAGUCCAGGAAGAUCACUGCCUUUUGUGAUGCUAAUUGA